GCGUCGCAUUAUCUUUUUAUUUCUACAACAUCACAAUGCCUUAUAAAAUCGUAGUUACCAAACCACCCCUCUUCAUUUCUUUUCCAGCUUUCAAUUUAAUUCGCUCACCUUUUGCUGUGAAUAAGUGCGUGCAAUAUUCAACAAUUCUUACCAAAAGUAAACUCAGAAUAAACGAUAGGCUCAGAGCAAAACAGAGCAUAUUUUCGUUCCAAUAAUCUCAAUACCCUUCCAAAAUGGCAUUUUACGUGCAACCUUCCCUUCAGGAUCUGCGUGCACAUUUUGCACCUCAUCAAUUCGGUCCAAACGAGAGGCUCACGCUUUAUCACGUUUAUGACAACCUUUCGCAGACGCCGCUCGAUGAACGCGGCAUUGAAUGUGGAGAUCCGAAUAUCCUUCUAGUGAAUCCAUGGCACGUCAUCACCGUCGACAAGAUAAAAGACCACCUCGAUUGGAGCAGCCGCAAUCCGACUCAGUUCAUUUCGUUUUAUAACGACAAGGACAAAGCAAUAGACGAGGCUAAUCGGAGGCGUGAACAACGAUGGGUUUACAAUGGAGAGGAAGAUCGGUUUAAGAAGCGGUACCCGGAGAAAGUCAGGAUUGCUGUGGUAGAGCUGGAAAAGGCCUCUAGCGUGUGGGUGUUCUCUAGGGAAGAUCUGAAGCGAAUGCUUGGCUCUCAUCCCGAUGUUUUCUAUGGUACCCAUAGGCCCGGCCACAAUGAGUGGUUUGUUUGGGGGCAUGUGCCCAGGGAAAACGUGGCGGGUUACUUGUCCCCUCCAACCUUUGGAGAAUGGAUCUAUCAUCCUCUUUAAGAUGGUCAAUAAAUUGAAUGGACUUUUUAUAUUUCCUGC